UGUGACUCGGGCUGCCUUUCUCCCGCAGGGCGGUUCUUCUACCAGCGGCUGGUGGAGUUCAUGGCCAGUGGCCCUAUGUGGGCUUAUAUCUUGGCCCAUGAGAAUGCUGUUCCACUAUGGAGAUCCCUGAUGGGACCCACCAAAGUAUUCCAAGCCCGAAACAGCGUCCCAGACUCCAUCCGAGGAGCUUAUGGCCUCACUGACACCAGGAAUACCACUCAUGGCUCAGAUUCACAAGCAUCAGCCAGCAGAGAAAUUGCCUUUUUCUUCCCAGAGUUCAAUGAACAGCUCUGGUACCAACAGGAAGAGCCACGUCUGCGCUGUGGGCAGGUGUAUUACAAUGCAGAGGAGCGUGUCCACUGUGUGGUCAGGGAUGAAGAAAAAGAGUUGACCUGA